GUGGCGCGGCUGUUCUGGGGGCCUUGGCGAACCAGAGGCUGCAGCUGAGCCACGAUGUGUGGCUGGGCUGCAAGAUGGCGCCCGCGCUCUUCAACGCCAUGCUCCGUGUCAAGAAAGCCCGCUACAGCUUGGCCGAUGUGUGGCAGGAGAGCGUGGCUCGCUUCGGGGACCACUCCUUCGUGCUCUUCGAGCACCGACGGAUGAGCUACGAGGACGUGGAGCAUGUGGCCAACCAGAUGGCCCACUUCCUGAGGCAGCAGACGCUUCAACCCGGCGAGGUGUGCGCCCUGAUGAUGGAGAACAAGCCUGAGUACAUUUGCUGGUGGCUGGCUAUGGCAAAGAUCGGCGUGAAGGCAGCUCUGGUGAACUACAACAUCACAGGCAAGGGGCUCGGGCACUGCGUCUCGGUGGCCGAUUGCCGUGCCCUGGUCUUUGACGCGGGCACGGAGGCCAACCUCCACACCGCGGACGCCCUGCUGACUGGGGUGCGGCUCAUUUCUUGGGGAGGGCCCCCGCGCCUGAGCUUCAGCUCCAGUCCCACGGUGGUCGACUACGACCUGCUGCUCAGCCUGCCGUACCAAGGCGAAGAGUUUGCCGAGCUGCGGAAAGACAUCAAGUUCACGGACCUCUUUGGGUACAUCUACACCAGCGGCACCACCGGCCUGCCCAAGGCGGCGAAGAUGACCCACGCCAAGAUGUACACCUUGGGCACAAUCGGGCGGCUGUUGAGCGUGGGCCCAGGGGACAUUUUGUACACCUGCCUGCCGCUCUACCACUCCGCGGGCGGAGCUCUGGGCGUCAUGUGUUGCUUGGUGUCCGGGGCCACGCUGGCGCUGGCGAAGCGCUUCAGCGCCACGCGGUUCUUCAACGAGAUCUCGCAGCUGAGGUGCACCAUCUUCCAGUACAUCGGAGAGCUCGGCCGGUACCUGGUGAACUAUGCCAGGGAGCACCCGGAGGUGUGCAAGAUCCCCCACAAGCUCCGUGGGGCCGUGGGGAACGGCCUGAGGCCGGAGGUCUGGGACGAGUUCCAAGACAAGUUCAACAUCCCGGUGGUGGUGGAGUUCUAUGGAUCCACGGAAGGCAACGGGGCGCUCAUGAACUACUGCAGGAAGUCAGACCUGGAGAAGCGGGGCGCCGUAGGCCGGGGCGGCUUUGCCUUCCAGCAGGUGUGCGGGGCCCAGGUGAUGAAGUUCAAGAUCCUGAAGUUUGACGUGGAGAACGAGGAGCCCAUCCGCGGCGCCGACGGCUUUUGCAUGGAGGCUGCACUGGGCGAGCCAGGUGAGCUCAUUUUCCCGAUCAAGGACCUGCCAUGGAAGAAGUUUGAGGGCUACACAGAUGCCAAGGCCACCGAGAAGAAGGCGAUCUUCCGCAUGAGUUCAGGGAUUGACCAAUAG